GCCACCACAUGGGCUCAUCCCUGGAGCCCUACACGAUGCUCCUCCGAGCCAUGAACGUCAACGGUCUGGACAUGGAGGUGCAGUUCCAUGGGCAGCGCCAUCCUUCCCCGGAGGUCGCCUGUAAAGAGUUCGGCUUCUGCAAUGAGAAUCGCAAUCUGGCUGACUGGAUGAGGCGAUGGGAGUGGAAGCAUUCCUGGGUGGACGAUUACGAGUGGAUGCACGAGAAGUGGCACGAAGCGCUCGACAGUCUGGCAGAGAUUGUCCGAUCAGACAGCUUCCUGUCCAACGUGCACGUGGUUGUCUGCGGUGGGCCUGCAUGGACCUGCCCGACUCUCGCGAACGUUUGUGGGCGCUUGCACUCCUACCCCCACACCGUUGAACUGCGCAUCAGUGGAACACAGUCCCAGUUUCUCCUGCAAAUCCAGACGCUGGGCCAAGCCACCUCCCCGCCGGCGAUCUUGGCCUCUUGCUUGCAGGUCGCUGCGAAUUGGGUCCUGGCCGUGCAGUUCGCUCUGCAGGCGCCGGAAGAGGAGGAGCAGGAAGCAGAGGAGGAUGCCCAGAGCGAUUUGGAGUCUAGGAAUGGCGAUGAUGACCGCGACUUCGACGAUGGAGACGACACUGCUCAGAAACCUCUCCCAGGCUUGAUGGUGGCCUCCGGAACGAAGUUGCGGUGUAACUGGGUUGACCCAGAGAAAGAGGACGACUUUUUGCAGUCUUGGAAGAGGGUCAAAGUCGAUCCAGUCGAACUGGAGGACAGCGAGAAGGCCGCUUUGGCCCAGCUACUUCUUGCCUCCAAGGCCUGCGAGCGAUUCCAGCUCCGGGGGCCUCAACAUCCCCUCCAGAAAUGCCCCGCAGUUCCUCAGCGUCACGAGGGCAUCCUAAGGGCCGUCUCGGAAUCCCUGGUGAGUCGGUUGGUGGUGCUGCGCGUCGAUAACUUCCCGGGCUCCGGGGAUCCCGUCUUCGGCACCAAGCACGAGCUCCGUCGGAGCUUCCGGGCUCCGGACCUCUUCGGAAAGCUGGCGGAGGCCUUUCAGGGCGCCUCCGGCACCCGGAGCCCAAGCCUGAAGAAGGUGACCCUGCAGGGUGGCUAUCAUUCGGCCUCAUCGGUUUGCCGCUUCUUGCAGGUGGUGAAGCCCGAGCUCGAAUCCUUCCGCUGCCGGGACUGCCUCUUUCACGGCCGGAACUUCGAGAUGCUGGUGAGGGCCUUGAGCGGCACCAGCCAGAAAAGUCUCAUGGAGUUUGAGACGGAUGCAGCCAUCGGCGGUCAGGAUCCCUUCGGACUUCUGGCUGACUCUUUCCCGAAUCUCAAGAUGCUGCGAGUCAAGUACAUGUUCGGGAAGACCGGCCCGCUUGAAGCCUUGAAGCGUCUGAAGCAGCUUCGCAAGAAGCAGUGUGUUCUGCCAAGGGAGAGCCACCGACUUUGUGGGCGUCCGGCGGUAGAUGAAGAGACAGGCAUCGUCUACUGGUUCAUCACCUCCGAGCACCAUGACGACGGCUACAGUGGAGAGGGCCUUUCCUGGGACGAGCUCUGGAACACGUGCGAGUGCAUGGAGGAGUGGGCCGUCGGCAAGGGCGUAACCAAAGAGCAGUGCCUCGCGUUCAUGGAAGACUGCGGCAUCGGGCUGGACGACGAUCUCGACGACGAGCACUGUGGCUUGGAUGUCGGGGGUUCUGCUGUCGACUCAGAGACUGAUGAGGACACCAUCGUUGCGCAGCUGGAAAUUGACGAGUCUGUGGGUUCCGAGGGCUCUUUGGCGAUCAAGGCGCGAACGAUGGAUGGUCGUGAGUUUGCACAAAUGACGCUGGAUGCCAAGAAGACAUCGGUGCGCACACUCAUCGAUGACUUGGCCUCAAAGUAUCCCUGCUCACCUCUCUCCCUGCGCUUGGUGCUGCCUGGUGGUGGCUGCAUCGAUGUUCUCGAAACAGCCAAUCAAGUCUUGGCAGCGGUUCGCCUCGCCGUGCCCGUGCAGCGCGUGCACGGCCUCUACACGAACCAGACCCACUCCCCGGAGCAGCAGAAGGGCAACUUCCCCUUCGAGCCAGUGUUUCUGAGCGUGCGGGUGAGGGCCGUCCCCACGAUCUAUGCGGCCACCUACGAGGAGAUGUCCCAGUUCUAUGCGUGCGUCUUUUGGCCAUGGGAUGUGAUGAUGAUGCUCUUCAGCGAGCUGUACACCAUGCUCGUGCCCUUGUUUCUGCCCGAUCGCCAUUGGAUUGCGCGGCUCCCAGUCUCAGAGGCGGCCUAUUGGCUAUCCCUCACGGAGUUCGAGCAGUCGGAAGGUGGAGGUGCGGGGAAAGCGCAAAGGUAUCCCAGCCUUGGCCAUUUCCGCAGUGUCCCGGAUCUCUUGGCGCAGCUGCGGCAGUUUGAUCCGGAGGAGGCCAAGCGCGGCAUGAGAGCCUUCAACGAGGUUGGGGAAUUCCAUGCUGCCGUGGCUGUGAGCCGACAGAAGACCUGCACUGCCUGGACCGGGACUGCCAGGCUCUUGACAUGCGCUAAACUCUGCCAAACCGCGAGAUGCUUCCUUUCGCGGCAAGAUGUGCGAGAGAGCCUGGUCACCUCACUCCCGGAGGAUGCUUUUGCCCUCACCUCACCUCUGUGGCGCCUCUUGAGGAGCGCCAUCGCAGCUGGCAGCCCCUGCAGUACCGCCAUGUUGAAGCCGGCCUUUACGGUGAUGGGAAGGCCAGCUGCUCGCGCAACGAACUGUCGAGGUGGACGGUCCCGGCUGCUCGGGCGGUGCUUCACGGUCUCUGCCCAAACCGGAAACGCGUCCGUGGUCACCCUGGCGCUGCAGUGCCGGGCGGACAUUGAGCAGAGGAUCAACGGCCAGAGCGCCCUGGACUCGGCAUCGCAGGCCGGGCAGGUGCAAAUCGCGGAGGUUUUGUUGCAAGCUCGCGCGGCAGCGACUCAGACGGCGCAGGGCCGAUGGACUCCGCUGAUGCGUGCUGCGCAGGGGGGACAUCUCAAAGUUUGCGAGCUGCUCUUAGCUUCCGGAGUCGACCCGGAUGAGUGGGCCGAGCGGAGCACUGCCUUGGAUGUGGCGGUGUCCCUGUCGCACCUGGAGGUGGUGAAAGCUCUGGAGGCGAAGCGUGCUCGGAGGUACCAGGAGCUGCCGGAGGCGAAGAGGAGGGUCGCUGCUUCAACGAGCUUCCGGGUGGCCCUGGAGAGCUGCCCGCGGCCUUCCAGGAGAUCCGGGCGGGGCGUCCUUUGUGGCUCGGCCUCUUUGCCGCUGCAGCCGAGAGUGCGCAUCCCCGCGGCAGCUGCUGAGUCUGACGAGGAAGACGACGGCGAGUUUGGUGAUGCUGCGGGGCCCGCAGACUUCACCGUGCAGGGCGCGGCGGAGGUGGGAAACUUCGGCCGACUCGCCGGUGGCAUCCUAGCCGCAGCGAUGCGCGAGACUACUUAUGUGGAUGCCGUGGGGAUGCUCUCUCUGAGCAAUGCAGCCAAAGCCGUUGCGCUUGCCAAUUCCAUGGCGGAGAGCCAGGCAGCCUCCAAGCACCUGGCAUUUCAGCCGCAGCUGCUCUCCGAGCAGGCUGGUCUCCGUCCCCUCCCCCCCAAAAAAAAGCAAAGAGAACCUCGCUCCUCUCAGUACGGUCCCAGUAUGGAAGGAAGCCCUUCUUGUAACACUGUCUAG